AUGACAGCCGCAAAUUUACAACACAAGGUGAGGGCAGCGGCCAACGCAGUGCCCGCGGGAAGCACCGCAGCAGGCAGCCAGCACUUCACGCUGCCCCCCGUCAAUCAAGCGGACGAUGUCUCGCCGGACAUAGACGAGGUACCAUUUUCGGGACGACUUCAGUACUUUACCUAUAAAUGGGCUGAAAUAACUUCACUCAAAACUAUUCUAUCUUGGGUGAAGGGUGAUCAAAUAUCAUUUAAAAGUACGCCAUAUCGUACUAGUGAUCCUAAUGUUUAG